AUGGUUCUAGUUCGUGACUCCACUGGUCGCUAUCAAUUGGGACGCGCUUUGUUAGAUUCUUGCUCUCAAUUGAAUUUCAUAAACAAUGAAUUUUCCCAAAAAUUACAUUUGCCUCGUACAAAACAAACUACUGAAGUCUCUAGCGUUGGUAACACUCUUAGCAAAUCUAAAUAUAGGUCGUCCACAAAUGUAAAAUCUCGAGUCACAGAUUUUAAAGUUUCGCUCUCGUUUUGUGUCACACCUCACAUUUCGUAUCAACCUGAUAAUGAAUUAGAUGUCUCAUCCUGGAAUUUGCCCCCAAAUACUCAACUUGCGGAUGAAAACUUCUUCAAAUCAAAACGAAUUGAUUUACUUAUUGGUACUGAAACGUUUUUCGACAUUUUAGCAGUCGGUCAAAUUAAACUUGGUCCUAAUUUGCCUAAAUUACACAAAACACUUUUCGGAUGGAUUGUAGCAGGUCGUUAUGUAUCAAAACAACUCAAUAUUUGUGGCUCUUCUUGUAUGCUUUCGAUAGAAGGAGAUAUUGAUCUUAAAUUACAGCGCUUGUGGGAAAUUGAUGAAGUUCAAUCUGGCUCAAAUGAUUUGACACCAGAACAAUCUGAAUGUGAAACAUUUUUCAAUGAUACUGUUCAUCGUGAAUCUUCAGGUAGGAUUGUUGUUAAAUUGCCCUUCAAGGAAUCGACUGACGCUUUAGGUCGUUCUCGAAAUAUGGCUCUUAAAAGAUUUGUAUCUCAAGAGAGACGAUUUGCUCGUGACAGCAAUCUUAAAUCCCAAUAUGUUGCUUUUAUGAAGGAGUAUGAAGAUUUUGGACAUAUGAGUCUAGUUCGUAGCCCUCGUCUACACGAGCCUCAUUAUUUCAUCCCUCACCAUUGCGUUUUCAAACCAAGUAGCACUUCCACAAAGUUAAGAGUUGUUUUCGAUGCCUCGUGCCCAUCAUCGUCCCAGAAGUCUCUCAAUGAUCUUCUUAUGGUUGGCCCAACAAUUCAAGAUGAGCUGUAUAAAAUUUUACUUCGGUUCCGUCUUCAUCGCUUCGCUCUUACUGCCGAUAUAGUAAAAAUGUAUCGACAAGUCCUUAUUGACUUCCAAGAUAGAAAAUUCCAAUAUAUUUUGUGGACAAAUUCAAAAGAGGAAGAAAUUCGAACAUAUCAGCUAAAUACAGUCACUUAUGGAAUGUAA